AUGUUAGAAUCUCUUGUCUCUGCUCUUUUAAACCGAUUUUUGGGUGCCUAUGUCGAGAAUUUCGAUCCAACCCAACUUAACGUUGGCAUAUGGAACGGGGAUGUUAAAUUACGCAACUUGCGUUUAAGAAAGGAUUCAUUAGAUGCAUUGGAUCUACCUAUCGAUGUAAAGUUUGGAUAUUUGGGAGAAUUGACUUUGUUAAUCCCAUGGUCCAGUUUAAAAAAUAAACCAGUGAAGAUCAUAAUUGAAGAUGUGUAUAUGUUAUGCGCUCCACGGACACCGGAGUCAUAUAAUGUGGAGGAACAAAUUGAGCGCGAGCUCAAAGUAAAACUUCAGCGUCUGGCAGAUUUUGAACUCGCCAACAGUUCCAAACCAGAUAUCAAUUUAGAUUCUAAUCGCAAUGAAUCUUUUACACAAUCCUUGUUGACCAAAAUUGUCGAUAACCUUCAGGUAACGGUGAAGAAUAUUCAUAUGAGGUAUGAAGAUAUGAAUUCAGUGUUCAGUGAAGGACCAUGCGCAUUUGGUAUUUCAUUAAGUGAGCUCUCUGCAGUAUCCACUGAUGAAUCCUGGAAUCCCAGUUUCAUCUCCAUUAAACAACAAAUUACUCAUAAAUUGGCUACCCUAGAUUCUAUUAGUAUAUACUGUAACACAGGCACAGAAUCGAUAGAAACGGACGACUCUGAGGAACUUUUGAUUAGAUUACGCGAAUCAAUUGCCGAUAACCGAGGCGCUCCAGAAUAUCAAUACCUCUUGAAACCGGUCAGAGGAUCGGCUAGACUCAAAAUGAAUAAAGCUGGUGCCACUGAAGAUGCUCCUCAUAUCGAUGUGCAAUUAAUGUUUGAUGAAUUUGCUCUUGUGUUAGAUGAUUGUCAGUAUAAGGAAGUCCUUCACAAUCUGUCGAAGUACCACUGGUUCCAUAAAACUUUGAAGUACAGACAACAUAGACCGACUGUUAAACCUGCAGCUGAUCCUGCUUUAUGGUUCAAGUACGCUGCAAACUGUGUUCUAUCUGAAAUACACGAGAAAAACUACAAGUCUAGUUGGGAAUAUAUUAAAGAAAGAAGGAACAAGAGAGAUGAGUACGUAUCUCUUUUCAAGAAAAAGCUAACUCUACCUGAUAUUAACGAUCCAUUGCCUAAUGUUGAAGAGGAAAAAAGGCUUCAUGCGCUUGAUGUAGAGUUAAGCUUUGAUGAUAUCAAGUUUUUCAGAGCCUUUACCAGAAGAGAGUUUUGUCAGGAGUCUAAAUUUACUCAGCUUUCAGAGACGAUUAGCACCAACGCAAAUCCACAAGGUUGGUUUUCAAGCUGGUGGGCUCCAUCUAACGCAAAAAGCGAUGACAGCUUGACAAUGACUGACGAACAGCGCAAAGAGCUUUACGAUGCUAUUGAAUACGAUGACUCGAAUGAUCCUUUGAAAUCAGUAGACAUACCUAAAGAUCGUACAACUCUUAGAGUAACCAAUCUAUUACAGAAAGGAUCUUUAACAGUGAUGGAUAGAACAAAAGGCCAUCGCAUGUGUGACUUCAUAUUUGAGGAAUCUGCAACAGAAUUUCUGAACCGACCAGACUCUUUUCUUUUCAAAUUUGAGCUUUCCAGUUUCCUCGUGGAGGAUGGUUCUCCUCACACCUUAUAUCGUCACAUUGUCAGCCCUAGGACUAAACAUGAAAAAGGUGGCGACCCUCUUUUACAUCUUUAUUUUGAUAGUUGUCCAAUGGAUGAGUCAGCUGACACAUUUUUAGAUAUUAAGUUUGGGUCUGUGUUUGUGUAUUAUCACAUUCAUUUUAUCAAUGAAUUGAUAAGAUUCUUCAACCCUCCAACUAAACACUGGGAAACAGUAUCUGCCUUAAUGAAUGCUGCAGAGGCAACUGUUGAAGGAUGGACAAGUCAAACCAGAAUGGGAUUAGAAGCACUACUCAAUGAACAUAAAACUAUCGAUCUAAAACUUAAUGCAGCUUCUCCGACCAUCAUAAUUCCAUUAGACGCGCAUUCUUGGGAAUCUCCAUGCGCAAUAAUCGAUGCUGGUUCGAUCAAGAUGUCUAGUGAUCUUGUGCCAAAACAAGAAAUCAAGAAAAUAAAGGAGCUAAGUGUGGAUGAAUAUGCUAAGAUUGAUUCUGAUGAACUCAAAAGAUUAAUGUUUGAUAGAUUUAAGAUAAAACUCACAGACACCCAAUUGCUAAUCGGGCCUGACAUGAAAUCAUCGAUCACUAGCAUCAAUGUCAAACAAAGAGACAACAAUUUCACAAUUUUGGAGAAGAUGGAAUUAGAUUUUAUUCUAGAUAUUUUGAUCUUCCCAAAAGCGUUAAACUUGCCCAGAGUCGCAGCCUCAGUGACACUUCCAAGCCUUAACAUCUUUUUGAACGACUUUCAAUAUAAAAUCAUAAUGCAAUUGGUUGAGAGCUGCGUACCAUAUGUUGAAGACGAUCAGGAAGAAGCCAGUACCUCGAGCGGAAGCCAGAGCUACUCUCAAUUAAUUCCUCUAGACAAUAUUGGUGGAUCUGAUGAAGCUCUAUUGAAACAUAAGGAGACCCUUGUCUUGAAACAGACAAAGAGAAUGAUGGAAACAUUAAGUAAAGCAGAGCUCGAUCAAACAUCUUUUCAACUUUCCUUGGAUGUUUCUAAGAUCGAAAUUUCCCUUUUGAAAUGUUUAGAAGGUCCAACCAUGAAUUCUUCUAAACUUGUAAAACUUGUUGGUGAACAUCUCUCACUAAGACUUCUAAAGAGCUUUGUUAAAAUGGAUUUCGAUCUCUCAUUAACAGAGUUAAGAUUCGAGGAUCAUAUUUCAAAGCAAACAUCGAAAGGAUGUGAGGAGUAUAUGAUAUUUAGCAAUGGCCAUACUAAAAAAGAGAAAUUAUUCGAUAUUAGAGGCUCAAGAGUUCAACAAAUUAUCGAAUAUGAGAGUAACUUGUAUGAAGUAUUCGAUAUUUCUGUUGAUUUAAGAAUGUCAGAACUAACGUUAUCAUUGAUACCGAAGUCUAUCUUGACUCUUAUGAAUUUUGUUUUGAACACCUUUACAGACCCUGAGACGCCUGCAAUACCUUCAAAUGUUUUGCGUCAAUCUCAACAGCAGGACAGCACUCCUGGAAAUACAAACGUGAAAAUAUUCCUUGACGGUGUGAAUAUCAUAUUGAAUGAUGAAUCUUCGAAAUUAGCAACAUUCAGCAUACAUAACAGUGAACUUUGUAUGGACAUAUUACCACAGAACAUGAAAUUGAAAGGUAAGCUAGGGGAUAUGAAGUUGGUUGACGAAACAUCGGUCGAUUUACCCAAAGACUCGGUGUUCAGAGAAAUUAUAUCAAGAGAAGAUAAUGAUCUUGCAGAAGUGAUUUACGAAACGUUUGACCCAGAGACAAACACCAACAAUUAUGAUUCCUAUUUGUAUUACAGAACUGGUGCAAUGAGGAUAAAUUUCAUUGAGCAUUCCAUCAAUAAAAUCAUAAGCUUUUUUGCGAAGUUUCAAAAAAUGAAAGUCCUUUUUGACACUGCACACAAUAAUGCUUACAGCAAAGCCCCUGAUAUCGACACUGUUAAUAAUAUGAAGUUGGACAUAGUGAUCAGAACUCCCAGCAUAUCUUUUCCGAAAUUAAUUGAUCCUCGUAAUAAUGUUUAUGAUGAACUAAUAUGGAAUAUGGGUGAUCUCUACAUAUCUAACACUUUUACUGGUGAACUUGGUAAACUUGUGAAUAAUGUGUCAGCCGGUAUAAAGAAUGCCCAUAUUUCAUCCAUUUUCAAUUUCGAGGGUCGAAAAGUUCAGAAACUCUCUGCUGUGUCCAAUUUAGAUUUGAGAUUUGAUGUCUCGUACAAUCAAUUUCAUACAGAGUCAGAUGCCCUUGUUACUGUGAAGGGAUAUUUUGCUCCAUUCUAUGUCGACUUGACCGAUUUACAGUUACAGUACAUUUAUUUGUUGUCACAAAGAAUAGCGAACUCUUUCAUCGUAAGCACUGAUGAUGACAACAUGGAAGAAGUGGAAAUUGCAGCCUUGAACACAAACGCAAUUAUUGAUCCCCAAAAAGAGCUUCACUCGAAUCAGAAUAUAUUCAAGUCAGAAGAAGCAUCUUCUUCCGAUAACCAGAAAAAUAUCGAGAUCGAGUUCGAGUUUAAUGCUCCAGAGUUCUGUUUGAGCUUGUUCAACAAUACUUCAGAAAAAAUAACGGUGAAGGAUUUGGGAAUUGCUAGAUUUACACUUGAAAACUUCGGAUUAUCUGGAUCUGCAUUCAAUACAUCUUCUGCCAAUUAUGAAAUGCAUAUAAAGUCUUUCACUGUGGAAGACAUUAGAUACUCAAAGACUAAUAAACACACGCAGUUAAUUCCGAAAAUUGAGGGCGACCACCAUCAAUUUAUGGCAUCAGUAGAUUACAAGGAAGACAAAGGUUCUUCAACCACGACCUUGGAAGUCACAAUUGAUAGUCCUAAAGUUGUACUAGCAGUGGAAUUUCUUUUGGCUCUACAAUCUUUCGCCAAUUCUUCACUUAAUGUGAAACAGGCUGCCAAUUUCCAAGAACUAUCCUAUUCAAAAGAGGAGCUGCCUAACGAAGCGCUCCCCGAUGAUCUUGCCGUGGCAUCGAAGGUUGAGAAUAGUAACAAGACUUUUAACUAUUCGGUUAACGUUGUAGAUUCAGCUGUCAUUUUAUUAGCAGAUCCCAGUGACAAACAAUCUGAAGCAAUUGUCUUUACCAUUGGUCAAUUCCUUGUAACUGAUCAUAACAUACUUUCCAUCGCUGCUAAUAAUGUGGGGUUGUUUUUAAGUAGAAUGGGUGACUUGAAUCAAAACAGAAUUAGGAUAUUAGAUGACUUUUCAAGUACUGUAAUGAUCGACGGACGGGAUUCUACUCCAGACAUUUUGAAGACACAAAUCCAUUCUUCUGUUGGUCCUUUAUUACUCCGGUUAUCGUUACGUGACAUUCGGUUAGCUAUGGAAAUUUUUAAUUCGUCGUUAUCUUUAGCUAAGGAUGAAGGCCUAAUGAUUGUUGAUACCACGAAUGAAGAGGAUGAAGAUAUAACCACUAAGUAUGGAAAGUUUUCAAGGGAAUUCAAGAAUAAAAUAAAAAAGUAUGCCCCAAGUAUGGUGUCGUCACUAAGUGAAAUCUCCAACGUUAUGCACAGAAAUUCCAUUUCUGACUCUACGAAGGUAAUAACAAAGGCUGAAAAAUUACAUUCAGACUUUGCGGGGCUGAGAGUUGUAUUGAUUGGUGACAUGCACGAACUUCCGAUCGCUGAUUUUAACAUUAACGCAUUUUCUGUUGACGCCAAAGAUUGGUCAACAAACAUCGACGUUAUAUCAACAAUCGAACCUUUUGCCAGCGCUUUCAAUUAUUCCCGGUCCAGUUGGGAGCCGUUGAUUGAGGUUUUCCCAAUGACUUUUCAUUUAUCAAAGGAUGAUGAAAAUGAUAAUGCUUUGAUUUUUGACAUUAUCACCAGGAAAUCUGUUGAAAUUACUCUUUCUUCCCGUACUAUUGCCCUACUAUCUCAAAUACCUGCCUCUCUCACUAAAUCACAUAAUCUCAAACCUCGCGGAGCCGAAAAACCUUAUAGAAUUCAUAACGACACUGGCCAUACGCUAAACAUAUGGAUCAAAAAUAGUGACGAUGAUGCCGUUAAUAAAAGAGCUAAUUUGACGAAGCUACAAAGCGGAGAAAUAAUUGAUUGGGAAUUUGAAGACUGGAGAGUUGUUAGAGAAACCCUUGAUACAGAGAAGUGUAUGUUACGGGCUUCAUUUGCCGACGAUGAUUAUUCAAAUAUCAUCGACGUCGACGCUAGCAAAGAAGGAGACGUAAUUCAUAAGUUAUAUCCACCUGUUGCAGGUGUUCAUAACCGUUUGCUAAUUAGUAGCAACCUUUUAGAAAACAACGUAAAGUUGAUUACCUUUGGUUCCACUCUAUUGUUGCGAAAUUUGACGUCAACUGAGGUCGAAUAUGGUCUUUCUGAUGCGGGAAAAAUUAAAAGCAUUGGGGUUAUCAAUCCUAAUGGUACCAGGUCAAUACCAAUCGACUCUGCAUAUCAAUCUUCUUUCCAUAUCAGACCUCUGACAGAUAAUGCAUCGUAUAAGUGGUCCGGAAUUCCAAUUUUCUGGAAAAUGUUAAGUGAAUCGCCUUUGGCACUAUCUUGUGAAAGUGAUUUAGAAACUGCUGGUUUCCACUUCGAAGUAGAAGGAUCGGUGGAUAAAGACGAUCCUCUAUCCAAAAUUUAUCCUCGGAUGACUGUAACAUUAUCUGCUCCAUUGGUUUUGGAAAAUUCACUGCCACAAGAUAUAUCUUUUUGUCUUAAGGGAAGGAAGGAGGAAGCUCGAUCUGAAAUCUUCUUGCAAGCUGGAGCUACAAUUCCGUUGCAUAACGUCUCUUUGGAUUCUUAUUUACUAUUGUCUAUCAAACCUGAUGAUGAGAAUUUUAACUGGUCUAAUGAGACUUUAGUCAAUAGUCCUGACGUGUCGGCUCUUGAAGAAGAGCAUAGAAUCUUUAUCACAACUUUAGACGGUCAAAAGCUUUAUUUGAGUCUCAAAUAUCAUGCCAAUGGUAAAAGAGCCAAGACCAUUAGUAUUUAUGCGCCAUACGUUAUCAUGAAUAAGACUACUCAUGACCUUUCAGUGUUCAGUGAUAGACAAUGGGGUGUAGUGAAAUCUGACGUUUUCAUGAAAGACGGACAGAAGUUGGCACGUCCGAAGAUGUUUUCUUUCCAAUAUGAAGACUAUAACCGCAAUAGGGCGAAAAUAAAAUUCACGGAAACCAACCCUAGUGUGCCAGUGUCAUUCGAUGCCAUUGGUCAGUCUGUUGAUAUUUCUUUGGAGCUACUAAACCAUAACCAAGAGUGCAACCUAGGAAUAAAUGUUAAAGAAGGGGAAGGGAAAUAUCGUUUCACAAAAAUCGUAGAAAUUUCUCCAAGAUACAUUUUCCGCAAUAGCACUUCAGAAGUGAUCGAAAUUAUGGAAUACGGGACCAGCAGCCCCACCAUACUUGCUCCUAAGGAGCUUACUCCGCUUUAUUUUUUGAAAAGAACUUUGAGCAAAAAAUUUGUUGCCAGAUUCGCGAAGAUACCGUCUACUUGGUCCAACCCCUUUAGGCUCAAAGACGUUGGAGAAUCAUUUGUUAAAAUGAAUAUAACAGAUGCCGCACAGCGAUUAAUAAAGAUGGAUAUUUCUCUUGAGGGUGCAACGGUAUUUAUAAAUGCUGUUGACUCAGAUGACAAUUGGCCAUUUUCAAUCAGAAAUUUCAGCGAUCAUGAAUUCCUAUUUUGGCAGAGAAAUCCCCGUUUUGUUGAUGAUGAGAGUGACGAGCUUGAUUAUUAUUACCAAGAGGACGAAGAGGAAGUCGAUUUUGAACCGAUUUACUAUCGUAUACCUCCUCGAAGUAUUAUGCCAUAUUCUUGGGAUUAUCCUAGUGCCAAACAAAAGAAAUUGUAUAUUCACACUAAAAAUCGUCGUCGGGAAAUAGAUCUUAACGAGAUAGGAAACCUUAGACCAAUUCGGAUACCUUCAGAUAAUCCUAAACAACCUCCAUCAAUUGUGGAUAUCAAUAUUUUAAUGGACAAUGGCGUUCAAGUCCUUGUGUUAAGUAACUACAAUCAGGAGCAGAGUCUUUACAAAUUAAGAUCUCAAAGGAGAUUCCAAAGUGAAACAUCAAUAACAUCCAGUAUAACCUCAAGUUCUGAUAAGUUUGAAGUUGAUGAAAGUCUUGACUCGAAGUUGAAUGCAAGGGUAGUCAUAUCGUUUUCAGGAAUUGGAAUAUCCUUCAUAAACGAUCGCCUACAGGAGCUUUGCUAUAUCAAUAUUCUUGGGCUAGAGUUCCGCUUCAAUGAUAGUGAAAUGUAUCAAAAUCUUUCUUUCAAGAUGAAAUGGAUUCAAAUCGAUAACCAGUUGUUCGGUGGUGUUUACGAAACUGUCUUGUAUCCAACUAAAAUUCCCAAAGAUUCUAAAGAAAUCGAUAUCCAUCCUUCGUUAUCAGGAGCAAUUUCUAAAGUAAAAGACGAGUCUUCUAGCUUACUCAACUUCAAAAUGGCAACACUUUUGUUGCAAGAAAUGACGAUACAAAUUGAUGAAGACUUCCUUCUUGCUUUGCUUGAUUUUGCAAAGAUUCCGGGAGCCUCAUGGAAUCAGGCAGUUGAUGACAGCAGCAGCGAACAACUCUUCCUGCAUCCUUGCACGGUUCCUGAUUUCCCUACCACAGUAAGAAGCAGCAAGGUGUAUUUCGAAAUGUUGCAUCUACAACCAACUCUUUUGCAUCUCUCAUUUGUCAGAACUGAUCGUGUGAACGUUGAAGAAGAAAAGAGUAGUGGUAACAGUGCUAUUAAUUACUUUAUCAACGUUUUAACUAUGGCUUUAGGAAACAUCGAGGGUGCGCAAAUAAAGUUGAAUUCAUUACUACUAGAACAUGUUAGAGUUUCACUUCCUACGCUAGUUGGUGCAAUCGAAUCGCAUUAUGCACAACAGUUCUUCUAUCAAUUACACAAGGUCCUUGGCUCAGCAGAUUUCCUCGGGAAUCCUGUCGGAUUCUUCAACAACAUAAGCUCUGGAGUUAUGGACAUAUUUUAUGAACCUUAUCAAGGUUAUAUAAUGAAUGAUAGACCUCAAGAACUUGGCAUCGGUAUAGCAAAGGGUGGAUUAUCAUUCUUGAAGAAAUCCAUAUUUGGAUUUUCAGAUUCUUUUUCUAAAAUGACUGGAUCCAUGGCUAAAGGCUUAUCGGUUGCUAUUCAAGAUACGUCUUUUCAAGAACGGCGAAGGUUGCAACAAAGACAGCGUGGUAAGUUUGGUAGUGUUGGAGUUGGUGCUUCGUCGUUUUUCAAUAACGUUACCAGUGGACUUACUGGUGUCGCAUUGGAUCCGUACUCAGGCGGCGCCAAAGAAGGAGCAUUCGGUUUUAUUAAAGGUGUUGGAAAAGGUAUCAUCGGAUUGCCUGCAAAAACUGCCAUCGGUGUAUUAGACCUUGCCAGUAAUGUGAGUGAAGGUAUUAGAAAUUCAACAACCUUAAUGGAUAUCGGACAAAUUGAAAGAGUUAGGCUACCAAGGUUCGUUAGUUCUGAUAAAUUAAUCAAACCUUACAAUUUAAGAGAUUCGCAAGGUCAAUAUUGGUUAAAGACUUGUAAUGGUGGGGAAUAUGCCAAAGAUAUGUACGUAGGUCAUGUGAUAUGUGAGACGCCAGCUGGUUAUCAAAUAGUGAUCGUAUCCCUACAAAGAAUUCUACGUAUGCAAUUAUCUACGUUGACUGUGAUGGAGCAUAUCCCAUUCAGAAUGAUAAGAAAUGUAAGGGUAAUCAAGACUGGCAUUACGAUAUAUACAGCUGAAAGAGAAUACUUCUUCUCAGUUCCAAAGGACGAAGAAAGAAGAUACUUAUACAAGUUAGUUCACACUGCGGUCAUUGAAUUCAACAGCAAAUGGCAGAUAACUUUGUAA